GAAACAGAGAUUGACAGGUAGAUAGACCGAGUUAGAGAGCGACAACACGAGACAAAGAGAAGGAGGGAUUCCAGGUGAGCGCUUGAACGCAGCCAGGUGUCAUCUUACAAACUGCUGUUUGUCACUGGGGGUUGGCUGACUCGACUUAAAACAAAAAUCUGUGUAGACCUGAGACCUGGACCUGGGAGAGAUCCGGAAUCCUUAAAGAAGAGCACACACUCAACAGUACUGGGACGGAUCAGGUGCUUGGAAAAGGAAGGAGAUAGAGAGAGACAAAUAUUUUAAGAAAGAGACAGAGAGGAGAGAGAGAGAGAGAGAGAGAGAGAGAGAGAGAGAGAGGAGGGAGGAGGAAAGAAAAAAAGGUUUGCGGCUUCCUGAGGGUCUGUUAGUGUCAGAGAAACUGUUUAGCAUAGACGUUUGUAGUUGUUGUCGAGUGUGUGUGUGUGUGGGUACAUUUGCGUGUAACCCAUCUGUUGGGUUUGGAUCCGGCUUUUGUCCACUCCUGGUCCGGUACUGCUGUGGCAUACCUGGGCUAGCCAGAAGAAGUGUUGCAGCACCAUGAAGACUAACACACAAGCUGUUGAAGAGAGCUCCAGACCUCUGAACCCCACACAGGAAUUUGUGGCCAGACCAGGCAGACGCAGAAAGUCCAUGUCUACCCAGGUUCCUCCGAAGAAGAAGGGUGUGUCUGUGAAGAAAGCUCUCAUCACCACACUCCUUGUGCUCAUCAUCCUAGCCAUACUGGCUGUAGCCGCUUACUUCAUCAAGCAGCUGAUCGAAAGUAAGUACUUCUUCUGCUCCAGGUCACUCAAGUUCGUCUCUCUGGAUGUGACAUGCGACGGACGAGAGGACUGCUCUGCUGGAGAGGACGAGUCCACCUGUGUGUCCUCCUUUACAAACAAUGAGACAUUCCCUGUUCGCCUGGUGUCCAACCGCAGUGUACUACAGGUUUACACAGGGCAGUCAGGAUGGAAAAGUGUUUGCGCUGAAGGCUUUAACGAGAAGCACACUCAGUUAGCCUGCAAUCAGAUGGGAUACACAAGUAAGCCAAGCUACAGCACAGUGUCCACCCGUCUCAUCUCAUCCACUCUGGGGACAUCGUUUUGUGCCGUGGAAUCCAGCACUGGCAGUGCCCUGCAGAAGAUAGUAUCUGACCGAAAAGUGUGCAGUUCGGGAUCAGUUGUCACAUUGACCUGCUCAGACUGCGGAACACGUACGGGCGGUUCGGAACGCAUUGUGGGGGGCGUGUCAACGGAGAUCGAGCACUGGCCCUGGCAGGUGAGCCUGCAGCAGAACGGACAGCACACCUGCGGAGGCUCGCUAGUGUCCCCGCAAUGGGUCGUCUCUGCUGCCCACUGCUUCUCAGGCUCUAAGAAGGAGCUGAGUCGAUGGAGAGUGGUGUCAGGGAGGACGUACAUGGGGACAUCAGGAGGGUCAUCUGUGGAGAAGAUCAUCACGCACAGCGGCUACGACCCCAAGAGGAACGACUACGACAUCGCUAUGAUGAAGCUGAGCAGCCCCAUCACUGUUGGGGAUGCACGCAGGCCUGUGUGCCUCCCUCCCCACAACCAGGGCCUGAUAGCUGGGGACCCUCUGGUGGUGACCGGCUGGGGGUACCUGGAGGAGAAAGGGAAGGUGUCUCCAAAGCUACAGAAGGCUGAUGUGCCGCUCAUAGACCGCUCCGCGUGUGCAUCACCCACCAUAUACGGGAGCCUGAUCACACCCAGGAUGAUCUGUGCUGGCUACCUACAGGGCAAAGUAGAUGCGUGCCAGGGGGACAGUGGUGGGCCCCUGGUGUUCCUGGCUAACCGCUGGCAGCUGGUCGGCGUGGUGAGCUGGGGUGUAGGCUGCGCUCGGGAGGGAAGGCCAGGCGUCUACUGCAACGUGGAUGACCUGCUGGACUGGAUCCACUCAGUCAUGGAGUUGUAGCCGGUGAGCAGAAGAAGAAUGUAAGAGGACUGAGCCAUGAGGAGAGCUUCUGUGUGUGUGUGUGUGUGUGUGUGUGUGUGUGUUUGUUCGUGUGCACAUCCAACCCUCCAUCCCCA